AAGAGCAAAGACAGCAUCCGAGAGCGUAUCCGGCAACGUAGUUCCAGAAUACUGUCACUUCUGGGCCUCCGAAACCCGACUCAAUUGCUGAAAGCAGUUACGAUUCACGAACCCGAUGACCCUCGAAUAAUCGAGCAUGACCGCGUCCCAUUACAGUCCUUUCACUAUUUUCCUACUCCCGUCGAGACCGCAAGGAGCGGAGAUGAGACUGUUCCAAGUGCAAUCCUUGAUGAGUCUCCGGUUGCGUCUGGAGGAUCUAGUACGACGAACAUCGUCAUGGACUCUAAUUCAAACCCACUUGAGGAAUCAUCCCAGAAUGUCCAAGCACACCCACAGGAACCCCCUCAAUCUCCAGGGACACCCUUGCAUGCCCGCUCGCCAAUUGCACGACCGAGCCAUAAGCGGUUAUCUGAAGUUCUGAAACGAAGUCACUCGACACCCACAGCACUCACACACAUCGUCUCAACCAAAAUAUCGACCACUUUUGGAAACCCUACGGUCAUCCGUCGCUCACAUCUUCGCUCGCGACCCAAAUUCCGGAUUCCCCAAUUCCCAGGCCAUUCACUUGCUUCACCACUAAACAAACAAGGCGACAGUGCUCAGGAUAGCUCCGAUCCCCCUACGUCACCGGGAGACAGUGCCUCUCCGAUCAGCACACGCUCCACCCCUCCGACCACUCCCCCCACAACUCCUCCUACAUCAGGAGAGCCGUCAGGAAGCUCGAAGCAAGAUCAUAUAGAUUCUGAUCAAGUGAACCUAAGAAUUUCACCUUCUAGCAGCGACGAAGGUACUCGAAUUCAAGCGGUAGAAGGCUUAUCCAGUCGCUCACCAUCUAUUAUUACCGUGGAGGCCGCUGCCAACGCAAAGGUAUUUUUUGAAACAUACUUCAACUCAGUCUUUGCUGGAGCGGACCUUCGUUCGCAGCGCCAGCAUGAGCUUGAACAGUACAUAUAUGGCCUUCCCUUGGCUCCUGAAGAAAGGGCAAGGAUCUGGGAGAACUGGGUUACCCAGGAACGUCAGUAUCUGCGUCAGUGUCGCAUUCUCAAAAGCCACUGCCAUAGUGGCCGACAAGAUGAAACGGUUUCACUUGCCGGAUUUGAAGCAAUAAAAGUGUUAGGAAGGGGAAGCUUUGGCGUUGUACGGCUCCUCAAGAGCCGGUCAAUCUCGGUCAUGGAUGGGACCGCAAGCACACGUCGAAGAAUGAUGAUAGGAGUGAAGAAGGAUGUCUUUGCGAUGAAAGUGAUUCGAAAAUCUGCAAUGAUCCGCAACAGCCAAGAAGGCCAUCUCCGAGCUGAGCGUGACUUUCUCGUUGCAUCAGCCAAAUCCCGCUGGAUUGUGCCCCUGAUUGCAAGCUUUCAGGAUCGUGAUCAUUUGUAUCUUAUUAUGGACUACAUGGUAGGUGGGGACUUCCUAGGACUGUUGAUGCGUCAGUGCAUCCUACCAGAAGAAAUCGCUCGGUGGUAUAUCGCAGAGAUGAUUCUAUGCAUUGAGGAGGCCCAUCGGCUAUGCUGGAUUCAUCGAGAUGUCAAGCCUGACAAUUUCCUUAUAUCGGCGUCUGGACACUUGAAGAUAUCCGACUUCGGCCUAGCUUUUGACGGGCACUGGGCUCACGACCAAGUGUACUAUAAUGAACAGCGGUAUUCAUUGCUCAAGAAAUUGGGGAUCCAGGUGGCGGGGGAUUCCCAGGAUCGAAGAGAAGCACGCAAGCCGGCAAAAUUAUCUUCACAUGAAUAUGGUGCUGGAGCCGACUCCGAAAGCACACCACCCUCAAUGGAUUUACUGGGAUGGCGUGACCGCACCCAAAAACGACGGCUGGCUGCCAGUGUCGUCGGAACAAAUCAAUAUAUGGCACCAGAAGUGGUCCGGGGUGAGCUAUACGACGGUCGCUGCGACUGGUGGAGUAUUGGUAUCAUAUUAUACGAGUGUCUCUACGGCUUCACUCCCUUCGCUUCGCACGAUCGACAGAAGACCAAGAUGAAAAUCCAUCAUCACCACGAGACACUCUGCUUUCCCGCAAGUCGAACCUCGGACAAGCGGGUUUCGGCCGACGCAAUCGAUCUUAUCAAUUUUCUGCUUCAGGAGAAAGAGCAUCGACUGUCUUCAAGCAAAUACAAGAUCAAUGACUCUCUGAGUUCCCGAUUACCAUCCCGGCAUUUCUUCUACAAUAUGGACACUCGCAAUCGGAACCAUAAGGGUUUCUACGUCUUCCCCAAUGAUGCAACGGAUAUCAAAAACCAUUGUUUCUUCCGUAACAUCAAGUGGGACGAAAUCCACCAAUCUGUUCCUCCGUUCAUCCCCAAGGUCAAAGGCUGGGAGGAUACUAGGUACUUUGACGACGCAGGAUACGACGGUGACCACGAUGAUAUCUCUGUCAUGUCAGACCCUGACCACCUCGAAGAGGAUAGCGAGGUCGAAGAGCCAGUCCCAGUCAAAGUCGAAUCUCCCGUGCCUCAGCAAGUCGCUCGACAUCCCGCACCAGGUCCCGGUCCCGGAGGUAAAGCCUCUCUACACAAAGAUCGCAAGAAGAAGGAGCGUAAGCGCCCUCGGGAUAAGCUUCUGCGUGACCGGCAAAUGCGGCGGACGGUGCUCGAGAUGCGCAAGAAAGGGGCGUUCCUGGGCUACACCUAUCGACGACCCAAGUCUGUGACCGUGGCUCUGACUCCUGAUCGAGGUCGACAUUGUCUGGGGCGAGGUCAAUUGUCGGAGCUGUAUGGCUCGUAGCGUUGUCUGCCAGGCAUUCUCACAAUCCUGGAGUUCAAGCACGAUGAAUGUAUACUACGACUCAUGAUGUAUCCUUCUCGGACAUUGUUAUGUGGCAGACAUCACACAUUCUUAGAAGUGAGAUACCUGGCUCUCGGUACCGCUUGUCAAUCAUUGUUGAAUAUUGAUAUGACG